AUGUCAUCCCUUGAUUCGCAUGAGAGAAGGGAGUUGGAUAAUGGUAAUACAAUUAUUGAACUGGAAAAACGUGAGAAUGGCUUUGGAUUCAGUAUUGUGGGUGGAAUUGAUAAUGAUCAUUUCCCAGGGAAUUUUGGUAUCUUCGUGUCGAAAGUCAAUGAUGGUGGCAGUGCAGCUGAAAGUGGUCGAUUGAAAGAAGGAGAUCGUAUAAUUUCUGUUAACGAUAAAUCGUUAGUUGAUUUAACUCACGAUGAAGCAGUUGCAGUCCUCAGAAAUAUUCCUGUAAAUGAACGUGCAGUUUUAUUAAUUGAACCAGAUGCUGAAAGAAAUGAAAUUUAUUUAAAAUAUUGUUUUAUCAUUGGAAUUGCAUUGCAUUAUGUACAGCAAGUUUUUGCAUUAUGUACAAGUUUUUCUAAAACCAAAUCAUUGUUAAAGUUUUCAAAAGUAGAAAAGAUAGGUUAUGCAUUUCUGGUUCCUCAUAAAUCCAGUUAUAUAGAACGGUUUAUCUUUAUUAUCGCGCAACCGGGAAAACGAUCUGAAACAAGUGCAUUAACGUUGGAAAAGAAUAUAUACAAGACCAAAACAGAUAAAUUUGAAAAACCACCCAAUAUGGCAACGGAAGAACCGACAAAUAUCAUUCAAGAUACAUUUCAAGAGUAUACUCAGUUAAAUUUUUCGCAAAAUUCCCGUCCCAGUCUUAAUGCAAAUCGUACUGAGGAUAUUGAGAAAUCGGAAUAUAUCAGUGAUUCGAUUUUAGAUAUUAGUCCUUUAAAAGUAGAUUAUUUCACCUUUUCACCAAUCGCUAUCUCUCUUACAGAACAACCUUUCUCUAAUACUGUGUAUAAUAUCGAUAAACUUCUACAUGCAAAAAAAUUGAUAUCUAAGGAUUCUACCGCUAAGGGAUUAAAUCAUGUUGUGCAUUUGUCAGGCAGCAGAAAUACAAAUUUGGUAGAAAAUAAAGAAAUUUCAUCAACAGUCAUUUUUCAUUCAGAAUCAGGGAGUGGCGUCCAGUCAGAUCAUGUUCACUUAUUUUCAACUAAGAAGCGUCCAGUCAGAUCAUGUUCACUUAUUUUCAACUCGGAUGAUCGAAGUUUUCUUCCGGAUCCCUCGAUUUAUUCUGAAGUAAUGGAAAAAUUUAAAGAGCAAAACAUGGAAGAACAAACAGAAAUUAAUCGUGAAGAGUUGUCCUUUUCUUUUGAUGUUACAGAAGAUUAUGCCGAUUCAGCCGUUGAACAAAAAGCACGUUCACCUAUUAUUCUUGACGAGGAGAAAGAGAAUGAUGAAUUAAGUCAAAGAGCCAUAAUAGAUGAUAUACCUCGAACACCGAAACGUGCAGUUAUUACAUCAUUUUUGGAUCCCAUGAGGUUUUAUUUAUUUCAUUAG